AUGGCUUCUCACGGGUGCGAGAAGAGAGUCAGCGGCCAAUGCGGUCUGCCCGGCUCCAAUUCCAACGGUUUUGAAGAAAGAGAAGCCAACGAAGCAGCACGUCAAUCGUCAAAUCUGGGUGAAAAUGAUGCAGGAUUGACGGAAUUGGCGGUCCCACCCCCUGCUGCAGCGGGUGACGACAUGCGUGACACAUACGAAGAGGAGGAAGGGAAAGGGAAGAGGGCUUCUUUCUCCUUGAAGCGACAGAGUCGAGACGAUGCAGAUUUAACAGAACUUGCUGUACCUUCGCCCCUCGCACACCAUGGCACUUCUGGUGAAGAGGCUGGCAAUGUGGCUCCAGCCGACCAUGGAUUCACACACACGCGAGAUUCUUCUUCCACCCGUCCAGAAGAAGGAAGCCGACAACGACCGACCAAGGAUUUCUCCCCCUAUGCAGAAUUCUGUACGAUAAGCUGGCUGAUCUUCUUCGCCCUCCUGGGGACUUUGGCCCGACUGGGCGUACAAGCCAUCUCAACGUACCCAAAUGCCCCCUUCCUGUCCUCAGUCUUGUGGGCAAACCUAGCUGGCUCCUUCCUCCUCGGUUUUCUGCUCGAGGACCGACGCUUCUUUCGUUAUAGCGUGGAAGUCGACGACGAUGAGAAAGACGCGACGCCUGAGAUAGACAGGGCGAAGAAGACGUUGCCGUUGUAUAUUGGGUUGGCGACUGGCUUCUGCGGCAGCUUCACCUCUUUCUCGAGCUUCAUUACCGAUGCAUUCCUGGCACUUUCCAAUGGGCUGGUACCUCCCUCUCCAACAGCGCCGUAUCACGCCACGCAAUCGCCCAUUCACGCCCGGAAUGGUGGGUACUCUUUCAUGGCCGCACUGGCCAUUCUCAUCGUCCAAACAGCCGUCAGUCUGGGAGCUUUGAAGACUGGCGCUCAUCUCGCGGCAGCUGGCGAGCCCAUCUUCCCCAGUCUGCCUGCAACAUUCCUCCACCGCUUUAUAGAUUCCUUGUCGAUCCCUCUUGGGUGGGGAUGCUGGUUGGGCGCAGGUUUUCUCGCGAUCUGGCCCCCCUCGGACGACUGGCGACAUCGAGUCACAUUCGCACUCGUCCUUGCGCCACCUGGUGCACUCCUACGCUUUUAUCUGUCGAAGCACCUCAACGCCCGUAUCCCGGCCUUCCCACUUGGGACGUUCAUUGUCAACAUCUUCGGAACUGUCAUCGAAGGGAUGAGCAUGGACUUGCAGCACUCAAGCACGAUCAUGGCCAAGGUGGCCGGCUCAAAUGCGGUGCCGUGCGCGGUUUUGGAGGGUGUCGUGUUCGGAUUUUGUGGCUGCACCACGACAGUGAGCACAUGGGUGGCAGAAUUGAAUGGGCUGAGGCGCAAGCACGCUUGGUCCUAUGGCUUGGCUAGUGUAGCAAUGGCCUUGGCUUGUCAAGUGGUUAUAAUGGGCAGUAUGAUCUGGACUAAAGGUUAUGACCGACGCUGUUCGCAAAGCGCACAGUAA